AUCUGUCGAGUUUAAUUGAAACACAUAGAUACAUUCGUUGUUUACUUUCAUAAAAACAUUAAGUUUGUUGAUAUGAUUGAAUACAAACAAAUCCCGUCUUAAUUAUUUAUACAAGCUUGUGAAAUUACUUACAUAAUCAUGCAGGCCAAUAAACUGCCCCCCAAUCCGCGCGAGUCGGCAGGUAUUCUAUCCUCGCUAAUGUUCUGCUAUGCCCUGCCCAUUCUGUUUAAGGGGCGCCGGCAGACGCUCCAACCCACGGAUCUGUACAAACCUCUAAACGAACAUGAAGCUGAGAGCCUGGGCAGUGAGUUCUUUCGAGGAUGGGAGGACGAGGUGGCCCGGUGCCGGCAGAAGGGCAAUUCCCGCCGGGAGCCAAGUGUACUCCGGGUCAUCGGACGCGUCUUUGGCUGGCAACUAAUCCUAUCCGGCAUUGCCAUUGCCAUCUUGGAACUCGGCACCAGGGCUACGGUGCCGCUUCUUUUGGCCGGGCUCAUAUCGGAGUUCAGUGCCAAUGGAAAUGGUAAUAGCUACUCUGCGCAGAUCUAUGCUGUACUCUUGAUAUCCUGCGUCUUGUCCAGCGUCCUGCUAACUCAUCCUUUCAUGAUGGGUAUGAUGCACAUAGCCAUGAAGAUGAGGGUCGCAGUGAGCAGUGCUAUCUAUCGAAAGGCCCUGCGCCUAAGCCGCACAUCGCUGGGUGAUACCACAAUCGGUCAGGUGGUGAACCUGCUCUCCAACGACCUCAACCGCUUCGAUCGAUGCCUUAUUCAUUUCCAUUUUCUAUGGCUGGGUCCGCUGGAGCUGCUAAUCUCCGCCUACUUCCUGUACCAGCAGAUCGGAGUGGCUUCCCUUUAUGGCAUCAGCAUCUUAAUACUCUACCUGCCACUGCAGACUUACUUAAGCCGAGUUACCUCCAAAUUACGCUUGCAGACUGCUCUCCGGACGGACGAGAGGGUGCGAAUGAUGAACGAGAUCAUCUCGGGCAUCCAGGUGAUCAAGAUGUAUACAUGGGAGCGUCCAUUCGGGAAAUUAAUUGAGCAGAUGCGUCGCAGCGAGAUGAGCGCCAUACGCAAGAUGAAUCUGUUGCGUGGCGUCUUGCUCUCCUUUGAGAUUACCCUUGGACGCAUAGCCAUCUUUGUAAGCCUAUUGGGAUUUGUCCUAAUGGGCGGUCAGUUGACGGCAGAACGGGCUUUCUGCGUCACUGCCUUCUACAACAUCCUUAGGCGCACUGUGAGCAAGUUCUUUCCCAGUGGAAUGUCACAGUUUGCCGAACUACUGGUCUCCAUGCGUCGUAUCAAGAAAUUUAUGAUGCGCGAGGAGGCAAAUAUAAUUGAUGUGUCAGAAGAAACGGAAGAAAAACCUGCUGAGGAGCAACAUUUACUGGCGAAGAAGCUGCAGAAUUCUUUAGGAAAUGGCAAGGUAUCGGAAGUCCAAAUAAACAUCAAAGGCUUAAGGGCACGCUGGAGCAUGGAACAUAAUGAACCCGUCCUGGACAACAUCAAUAUGUCGCUGCAAGGUGGCAAACUAGUAGCUGUAAUCGGACCUGUGGGAUCUGGAAAAUCAAGUCUCGUUCAGGCAAUCCUAGGCGAGUUGCCGCCUGAAUCAGGAUCUGUUGAAGUGCUGGGCAGGUACUCGUACGCCUCACAAGAACCAUGGCUUUUCAAUGCCUCUGUGCGCGACAACAUCCUGUUUGGUUUGCCCAUGGACAAGCAACGCUAUCGAACCGUUCUGAAAAGGUGUGCCCUGGAACGGGACUUAGAGUUGCUGCAAGGUGAUGGAACCAUCGUGGGCGAGCGCGGAGCUUCCCUGUCCGGCGGUCAGAGAGCUAGAAUCAGUUUGGCUCGAGCUGUGUACCGCAAGGCAGAUGUCUACCUCUUGGACGAUCCCCUCAGCGCAGUGGACACGCAUGUGGGUAGGCAUCUCUUCGACGAAUGCAUGCGGGGCUUCUUGGGUAAAAAGUUGGUGGUACUUGUCACCCACCAGCUGCAGUUUCUGGAGCACGCCGAUCUCAUUAUAAUCAUGGAUAAGGGAAAGGUAUCAGCCUGCGGCACAUACGAGGAGAUGCUAAAGAGCGGACAGGACUUCGCCCAACUUUUGGCUGAGAGCACUCAAAAUGGGGGAGGAGAUAAUGCGGAUGAGAAGUCUCCGACCUAUUCCCGCCAGAGCAGCUCUCAAAGCACGGGCAGUGCCGGAGGAAGCUCCUCCUCGCUGGAAUCCAUGGUGGAGAAGGAAAAACCAAAGCCAAGUGCAACUGCAGUGCAGGAAUCCCGUAGUGGUGGUAAAAUUGGCAUGGCCAUGUAUAAAAAGUAUUUCGGCGCAGGCUGUAGCCUUUUGGUUUUCGCAUUGCUGGUGUUCCUGUGCACUGGCACGCAACUUUUGGCGUCUGGCGGGGAUUACUUUCUAUCGUACUGGGUUAAGAACACAUCGACUUCGUCAACGCUGGACAUUUAUUAUUUCACUGCCAUCAAUGUGGGCCUGGUUAUUUGCGCGCUACUUAGGACCAUGCUUUUCUUCAACGUGACCAUGCAUUCUUCUACCGAGCUGCACAACACCAUGUUCCGCGGUGUGUCCCGCACGGCUUUGUACUUUUUCCACACUAAUCCCUCCGGCCGGAUCCUUAACCGUUUCGCCAUGGACCUUGGACAGGUGGAUGAGGUACUGCCCGCCGUAAUGUUGGAUUGCAUACAGAUCUUCCUUACCUUAACUGGCAUAAUCUGCGUGCUGUGCUUAACCAACCCGUUGUACCUGAUCAGCACAAUCGCCAUGGUAUUGGCAUUUUACUAUUGGCGUGAUUUUUAUCUAAGUACGUCGAGGGACGUGAAACGCCUGGAGGCAGUGGCUCGGUCGCCGAUGUACUCGCACUUUAGUGCCACUCUUAGUGGACUUCCAACCAUCCGGGCUAUGGGCGCUCAAAAGACAUUGAUUGGCCAGUACGAUAACUACCAGGAUCUGCACAGCUCCGGCUACUACACAUUUGUAUCCACGAGUCGGGCUUUUGGCUACUACUUGGAUCUUUUCUGUGUAGCGUACGUGAUAUCGGUGAUAUUGAACAGCUUCUUUAAUCCCCCAUUAGACAAUCCUGGCCAGAUUGGCCUGGCCAUCACCCAAGCACUGGGCAUGACAGGCAUGGUGCAAUGGGGAAUGCGCCAGUCCGCCGAACUGGAGAACUCCAUGACCUCAGUGGAGCGAGUGCUUGAGUACAAGGACCUGGAAAGUGAGGGAGAUUUCACUUCGCCGGCGGACAAGCAACCACCAAAGAAUUGGCCAGAAGGAGGUCAAUUGGUAACAAAGGAUCUAAGCUUGAGAUACGUGCCAGAUCCUAAAGGGGAUUACGUGCUCAAGGGGCUAAACAUUACGAUCAAGUCCGAGGAGAAAGUAGGCAUCGUGGGACGUACUGGUGCGGGCAAAUCCUCGCUGAUUAAUGCACUAUUCCGACUCUCCUACAACGAGGGAGCAAUAGUCAUCGACGGACGGGACACAAGUGAGAUGGGUCUGCACGAACUGCGCAGCAAGAUCUCGAUUAUUCCGCAAGAACCAGUGCUCUUCUCCGGUACCAUGCGGUACAACUUGGAUCCCUUCGAGCAGUAUCCCGAUGAAAAGCUUUGGAAGGCUUUGGAAGAGGUUCACCUCAAAGAGGAAAUCUCAGAGUUGCCCACGGGUCUGCAGAGCAGCAUUUCCGAGGGUGGAACCAACUUCAGCGUGGGUCAGCGCCAGUUGGUCUGCUUGGCAAGGGCCAUUUUGCGCGAGAAUAGAAUCCUUGUGAUGGACGAGGCCACGGCCAAUGUGGAUCCGCAGACGGACGCCCUUAUCCAGGCCACUAUUCGGAACAAGUUCAAGGACUGCACUGUCCUGACGAUUGCCCACCGUUUGAACACCAUCAUGGACUCGGACAAGGUGUUAGUUUUAGACGCAGGUGAAGUCGUCGAAUUUGGAUCGCCCUAUGAGCUCCUAACGGAGUCAGAGACCAAAGUGUUCCAUGGAAUGGUAAUGCAGACGGGAAAAGCCAGCUUCGACCAUCUCCUGAAAGUUGCCCAGAAUGCCAAUGAAAACCAUAUUUAAGCUAAAAGCUAACUUCUUAGAAUGUAAGUCUAUAUAUUCAAUAUCGGGCUCUCUUGUUUAUGGCUGUGGAUGAGUUCUUAGGUCAAUGUUCCCUGCCAAAAAAAAAACAAUUUGUACUUAAAAUAGUAAAAAAAUGACAAUAUAUACACAUAAAUAAAAUUUACAAAUAAAUAUGCAUUUAUGAAAAUUAAGAAUGGGCUAUUAAUAUAGUUGUUAUAAACAAUUUAUAUUUGAAAAUGGUUUUAAAGUAGCCCAAUUUUUCAUAUGGCGACUAAAUAAUGUAGUUCCCCAUUUGAUUAAUCCUAAAAGAGCAAAAUAAAGUUACUUGUAAAUGCCUAUAAGUUUCAUAACUGCUCCCAUUGAAAUAUUCUCC